GCAGUUCAUUAAUGAUACACCUGUGCAGAAAAGUGAUCAGAGUGCUUGGCUCACUUUGUAGUCAGCAAUGGAGACAAUAGAGUUAUUUCUUUGCAUUUUUUUUGGACAUGUUAUUGCUGUUAAAUCAGACAUACUCGAUAAGUAUCAAGAUGUCACAUUCCCUGAGGAGUUUCCUGCUUUUUUUGACAGUAUAGGGCCUUUUCCAUUUAAGAGAGAUUUUGAUUUCUUACCUGAUUCUCUCUUCAGCUCAUGGAAAACUUGGAGCCCUGAAUUUCAUAUGCUUGCUGGAUUACCUCCAGUCAUGACGAUUCCUAUAGCAGAGGUUUUUUGUGAUGAAUCUAAGCUAAUCCUACUGGUAAAUAAGAGAUCUAAUGGUGUCACAUUGACUGGAGAGGAGCUCCGGCUAGGUAAUGACUGCUAUAGCAAUGGAGAGCUACCGAACCAAUUUAUCUUUACUUACAGUUUGGAUCAGUGUGGAACAAAACAGCUGAUGCAGAAUAGCAACACAGUGUUCACCAAUUCUCUCCACUUGAAUCUAAAAGAUUCUCCCAACAACCUGUGGCUAACACCUUCCACACUGCACAUCUCAUGCAUCCCAAAGAGGUCAUAUGGUAAUCAGAAUGGCGUUGUUUCAACGGCACUCCCUAAAAAUGGAAAGACCUUCAACAUCAGAGCCGUGAAUCCAUCCUGGACCAACACGGCUGAGUCUAAUGUGUACAAAAGAGGCCAGGAAAUCAACCUACAAGUUUCAGCCAGAACUGGACCUGAACAGCAGCUUUACAUCCAGUCGUGUUUUGUGUCAGCAUCUGCUGAUCCUCAGAUUAAACCAAGACAUGCAGUCAUUAUGAAUAAAGGGUGCACAGCCCCGUUGGGUUCUCCUCAUGCUGCUGUACAUUUUGUGGCCUCCAACAGAGCUGAUGUGCUUAAUUUUGUUCUGAACACAUCUUAUCUUCUAUCAGAGCUGUACAUCCACUGCAGUGUCCUUCUCUCAGACCAGGGUGUCACCUUUAGCUCCAAAUCCUGCAACUACAAUGUGAUCCAAUCAAGAUGGGAGGACCUGAGUGGGACUACAGAAGUGUGUAAGUGUUGUAGCUCAAGGUGUAAAGGCCUGUCAAUCAAGCACCUAUCUGAAGAUGCCAAGGCUAUUGUCAGCACUGGCCCCUUUGUCAUAUUGGACAAAGAGGUAGCAACAAGUCCAGAGCUGUCAGUUUCUGAACAACAAGAGUUUAUCAUGCAGUCUGAUGCUGCAGCAGCUAAAGAUGCAAUUGUGUCUGGUGCUACUUUAUCAAGAUGCAAACUAUCGUCUCCCCCUGAGGGUGUAGUGGUGCUGAGUGAGGACCCAGUUGCAAGACUGACCCUUUGGCUACCUGGACAGUUGCAAGAACCAGAACACAGCAAGAAUCUUGGUUCUGGGUCUAAAGAGAUGCAGUUCAAUGACACCCCAAAGCAGCAGCAUUCAGCUAAAGACCAGGAGUCUCUUCUGAACAUAAAAACACGUAAGACUGGAGACCAAAGUUGGAAUUUUCUCACAUUGGUUUCUGGGUGGGAACUUCCCCAACAUCCAGAUGAAGCAGCUAUUGCAGAGGAAUCUCAAAGAAAGAGGUGGUUUGGAAAAUCUGGGAUGUUAAGCUCAGAGGCUCCUCAAGAUGUUGACACCCCACUGCAAGCUGAGAUAACGGUAAAUGUACUGAACCAGGAUGAAUUUGACCAAAAAGAUGAGUUGACUGAAAUGCAGGCAGAUGCAGCAGUAGUGGCCCAAGAAAAAACAGAAGAUGCUCGGCCGAUUAUCCGCUCCAAGCUUCAGUUUUCCAAGAGCGCUGAUGGGUUGCAGACUGUGAGUUAUGAGGAAGAAGUGGUCAAGCAUCAAAAGGCAAAAGGUGUGACCGCGAGAUUUGGAAUGGAAAAGAAUAAAGCACAACAGGAGCACAGGCAUGGAGGGAUGUUAUCGGCUUUCCUUGAUUUGACAAGGAGGAUUAACAAAGAAGAAUAACUGCCAUGUCAUCACAUUCUAAUACUGUACUUUAAGUGAAUAAAACUCUUGGGUAAUGUA